GUUUUGACAAGUUUUGACAAAAAGAGACGGAGAAAAGAUUUCAAAGAAAACUGAACGAUUGGAAAAAUUUGAGGUCUGAGCCAACAAGAUAUCCAAGUUUUGACUUCUCUGGUCAUCAGCAACAUUCUCAGAAAUAUCUUCGUUUGGAUUAACAGCAUCCUGUUUGAGUGGAGAAGCUAGCGAUGUCGAUCGAGCUACAGAUCUCUUUUUCCUCUUUCUUUAAGUGUCUUCGUGUAUGCCCAUGUGAGUGUGGGUAUAUUCACGAGGACACCCCCUUUUCCCUAUCCCACCUGGUGGAUUCAUCUUCUCUGCGGAUGGAGCACUUGUGGACAUGCCUGGCUGUGGAUUUCCCAGGCUUAAAACCGACCAUAUGACGGAAAGUGUAUAAAAGAAAGUGGAUAAUGCCUACGCCGAGGCAGUCUCGUUUGGAGCCACUUUCAUUGCGCAUCAUCAUCUUCUGAUCUCUUCCACCCUGUACCACCACCACCCUGUACCCCCAUCCAGCAGCAGCACUUGAUCCAGCGCGACAACAACCAGAAAGAAGAAGAAGAAGCGGACAGCCCGUCGUUUAGACCAACAUGCAUUUUCGCGUUGUAGUAGUGUCUGUGGCUCUGGUUCUCCUGCUGGCCAUCACGUCCUCCGAGGCACAGUUUCAGCAACAAGAGCCACUGGAAUCUGGAGCCAUCGAUCCGGCUCAGCAGCAGCAGGUAGCGCCGGAAGUCAAACCGCACGUUUCCAUCCUCAAGCAAAUCAACCAAAUCAACAAAGAUGGAUCGUACACUUAUGGUUUCGAGGCUUCGGACGGCAGUUUCCGAGUCGAGACCCGUGACGUCAACGGCCACGUCAAGGGAAGAUACGGUUACAUUGAUGAAUUUGGCGAAGUGAAAGCGGUCGCCUACGAGUCGGGCACCAAGCAAGGAUUUGCGCCGAGAGGCCAGCACUUACCUGUACUCCCACGUCCGUCAAAGAGUGGCGGAAACAUCGGAGAAGAUGACGAGUUCGGUACAGACGAGGAUUGGAACAGCGUGGACGCUGAUCAGGACGGACAGCCGGAUCCUCCUCGCCCAAAGGAUCAGAGACCAGUCGUCACUACCAAAGCCCCACGCGUGACACCACCCCCACAGGCUCGCCCAGCAGCACCGCCGGCCCGUCUCGAGCGACCUGAGCCUCCUGUUUUCAUUCCUGCCGAACCCGCUCCUCAACCGGAGCGUCCAGCAGGUCGCCCAGCUUUCGUCGAAGCAGCUCCUCAACAAGAGCGUCCAGCACCUCGUCCAGCUUUGAUCCCCGUCGAGGAAGUUCCCCGAUCGUUCCGUCCGUUCCAGCCAUUCCAGCAGCAACCGCAGUUUCAAUUCCAACAGCCGCAACAAUUCCAACUCCAGCCGCAGCAGUUCCGAUUCCAGCCGCAGUUCCGCGACGACCGCGCGGAAGAGCAACAGCAGCAGUUCGUCGGGCCCAUCUUCCCAUCUCAGUUCCGUUCCAUUCCGCCGGGAUUCCCUCAGCAGCGCAGUUUCAGUCCCGUUCCUUUUCCCUUCCAACAGCAGCCCCAGCCAACCAUCAGGGAGUAGAGGGCCCACACAAAAACAACCAAAUCAAAAUUUGAUGUCUUCAACAAUCCACAUUUUCCCUCUUAUAUAAGGCGAGUAAAUCAUUCAAGACUUUUCCUCCCCAAAUGUACCUAAAAGUUUCAUUUCCGUCUCGUGAUUUUUUCAUUCCUCACCCACUCCCGAAAUCGUACGCAACCUCAAUCCUUAUUCUGCCAGUGCGAGCAAUUACUACCAGUAUUAUAUUAAAGUGAUGAAAUGGAGAAAUAUAUAUCAUUUAGAUUUUAUGAAA